AGUAUCACUGAAUUCUCACAGAGUUCUCCUUGAGCGUACAAAUGGAUGGUUAGGGUAGGAGAACAUAUAAGAAGUAAGUUUAAAGCUAAGAAUAUAUACCGGUAUGGAGUCACACUCAUCUAGUGCGUCAGAUACAUAUGCUUCUUCGUACUCAAAUCGGGAUCCCGGUAUGAAUGUUCCAGUGCACUCGCAACAAAAUCUGGCUCCGCUUUCUCCGUAUCUGAACUUUGAUCCUGUAUACUUGCCUCAAAGUCAACCAGAGUUUAUUUUCCCAGAAGGGGCAUCACGACAAAGGGGCCGUUUCGAACUUGCCUUCUCUCAGAUCGGUGUUUCGUGUAUGGCUGGUGCUGCUGUUGGUGGUAUAGGUGGUUUAUAUAAUGGCCUUCGAAAUACAACACUUGCUGGCCAUACAGGGAAGUUGCGCCGAACACAGCUGAUAAAUUCUGUAAUGAAACAAGGGUCAGCAACAGCUAAUACUCUUGGUGUGCUAGCAGUGAUGUACAGUGGGUUUGGUGUUUUGCUGUCAUGGGGAAGGGGAAGCGAUGAUGAACUCAACACACUCGCAGCUGCCACUGCAACAGGUGUGCUGUACAAAUCUACAGCCGGUGUGAAGAAGUGUGGGAUCGGCGGAGCCGUCGGACUAGGUCUUGCUUCCAUAUACUGUUUAUGGACAGCUCGAGACAGGCUACAAGGAUUUCAGCAAGAAUACAAUCCAGCAUGGAAAAGAUAACUGAAACCUAACCAAGCUGCUACAUAACCUUCCUUGAUACGAAGCACGGUGAAAUUCUUCAACAAAACCAACGAACGAACGAUCCUGCCAAUGGCUUGAACAAAAUAUGUAAUUACAGUAGUAGAAUUUGAGAUUUGUUGGAACAGUGUCUCUCAUAUCUGAAUGAAGGAGGAAGCAGAAGAAACAAACAUUGAUUGUAGUAUUACAUUUUCAUAUUAUAACACUAAGUUGUGAUGGGUUAGUUUGCCACUGUUUGAAAGAUAUUCUGUGCAAACUUGAGGGUAAAGCACCUUUUUUGAAACACUGGCAAACACCACACUUGCCUGACUCAAAAUGUUGAAAUGCAAAUCAUGAUAUUGAAUUAUUUGUGUUCAUACUUAAAUGUAAAGUUUACUGUGACAUCAUGUUUAGGAAUUUAAAAUAUUUUUCCUGUUUGUUUAGAGAAUCAUGUACUUUUAAUUCCAUUUGAUCACAGUGAAGUUAUGGCACAGUGCACCUGAGAAUAUGCAUGCAAUUUUAGGAUCUAAAUCCUGUUACCAUAUACUCUCAUUGCAAAAAAGUAGAUGCAUGAGGUAAGGGAGUGUGUGCAGAAAUAUGUACAGAAUAUAUAACACAAAGACUUAAUUUAAGUGAAUAUUCUUUGUAAUUUCAAUGAAGUAGCAUAUAUUUCUCGGAACACUAAGUGCUGCAUGUAUAGAUGCUUAUUUAAUUUGUUAAUUGUGAAUAUUUAUAAACUUUUUUGUUGUUGUUGAAAUAAAUACUUACUGAAGCAUAAA